AUGGGAGGGAGCAUGGGCAGUGGCAUGGGCCUGCCUGGGCCCAUGGGUGGACCCAAUGCAUGUGGCGGUGGGCCGGAUAAGGGCAAGGAAGGUGAAGGGGAUGAGAUGCAGCAACAGGUCAUGCUUCAGAUGCAAAUGCAGAUGCAGAUGAUGAUGAUGGGCGCCAUGAUGGGCUCAAUGCUGGGAGAAGGUGAUGAUAAAGAAGGAAAAAAGUCAAAAAAACAGAAAAAGGCCAAAAAGGAAGGAGAUGAUGGCUUGCCACCCGGCUCGUCCAAUGACAUGAGCCAUCCAAGCUACAGGCCUCAUGAUAUGGAGCAGAUUCCUGGAGUCACCGACCAGCGUUUUGAAGGACGCAUCACCAUGUGGCUCGAGGACAAAGGCUAUGGCUUCAUUGGCAACGAAGAGCUUAAACAACGAUUCAAUGGCAUGGAUGUGUUCCUGCAUGUGAACCAGAAGCGGCACUUUGGCCAGGGUGAUGCUGUUAAAUUCAGCGUCUUCAAAAACUACAGGGGCCAGCCACAAGCCACAGAGUUGAGAAAUGCCCGGCCCUCCCUCGGAUAG